AUGUACGGCGGUGGCGGCUUCGGCGAGACGGGCGCCAGCCAGCAAGCUGGCGGUGGUGGCGGCGGUGGCGCCAGCGGCAAGAAGAACUACGACAGCAAGCAGCAGACGCUGCGCGCGCUGACCAUCAAGCAGCUUCACGACGCCAACUCCACCCGCCAGGACGACACCCUGCUUCUGGACGGCAAGGAAAUCACAAACGUCACGCUGGUCGGCAAGGUGCUGUCCACCAGCGAGUCGGGCCUCACCUUUGGCCUGAAGAUCGACGACGGCACCGGCAAGGCGGACGUAAAGAUCUGGAUCAGCGAGGACGACAGCGAGCUGGAGAAGCAGCGGCGCGCCGAGUGGCGUGCGGGCAUGUAUGUGCGGGUGCACGGCCACAUCUCCAACUUUGGGCGCACCCAGGAUGUGCUGGCCUUCAACAUACGGACCGUCACAGACCACAACGAGGUCACCUACCACUUCCUGCAGUGCAUCUUCCAGCACGUGCACCUCACAAAGGGCGGCGGCGAUCAGGCGGGCGCCGCCGCCGCGCCCGCCCCCGCCGCCCAGGGCGCCUACGGCGGGGCCGCCCCGGCUGUGGCCGGCUACGCAGCGCCAGCAGCGGCCGGCUACAACCCCGGCGGGCUCACUGCCAUCCAGUCUGACCUCAUGACCCUGUUCAACGCGCCCGAUGCCCAGGCCAGCGACGCAGGCAUCUCAAUUGACGCGGUGCUGUCCCGCUCUGGCGGGCGGUACAGCCUGGUGCAGGUGCGGGAGGCGGUGGAGGCGCUGCAGAACGAGGGCCACCUCUACUCCACCAUCGACGAGCACCACUUCAAGUCGUGCAACGCCUGA